AAGCUGAUGGCUUGGUCAGGAUCGCCGAAUGCGAAGCACGCAACCCAGUUGGCCUAUUGCUCUUCGCUCACCGUGCGAGUAGUGAAAAGCACCAGCUUAAUGCAUAUCUCGAUGCCACUGAUUAUUUUGUGUGCCGUCGUGUUCGUCUUGAUCUAUUUCAUCUCGAAACGUAAACUAAUGCUGAGUAUCACGAGCAAUAUGCAGUCGUUGUCAUCACGUUACCAACUACGUGAAAACGUCAAGUCUGCACGUCUUUUGGCCGGGAUCUCGUUGGCCUAUACGAUCACCAGUCUUACCGAUAUGUCCAUUGUGCUCAUUAUGAAGCGGAUUCUGCAAGACAAACACGCAGAGCAUCCUUUCGAAUGGUUGGCUAUCACUAAGACAUCUCAGAAAUUUCCAAAUUUUCCAAAAAAUUUNGCCAGUCUCAGUAUGCCCAUAUUCAUGAACGUCUACUCGACGAUCGUCAUCUUCGGACACAGCUACGUGCGUCGUCACACGUUCUCGUGGCUGUGCUGUCAACGUUACAGCCGGCGAACCGGAGCGGCCGACUCAAGAAUAGCGCCAAACGCCACCAUGAAGAAUCACAUGCAGAUUCUGGGCGAGAUGUGGGAUAACCCGAAAUGGAGCCCGAGGAAAUGA